AGCUAUCCUGGUGUGCGUCGUGGAAGAUGGCGGCUUUCCUGCUCGAUGAUAUCUGCUGAUGAGAUCGAUAAAAGCGAGAGAUCUGUCACUACAGCUUAUCUAAACAAACUCGCCUCUCAGACACCUGUUGCCCUGGCCGCAGCCCAAGAGUCAAACUUCAUCAACGAUCCCACAGACUGCCUCAACACAGUUGUUACCUUGAGCAGCUGCACAACGAUGCUUCAGAAUGCUCAAACUUGUUUUGAUACCGAUAACUCGAAUUCACAGGCAGGCUGCUACUGUCAACAGAGCGUAUUGGACUACAUUGCAGGCUGCCAUCAGCAGAUGUGGGACUGCUUCCCCACUUCAGCUAUCGACAACAUGUUCUUGGGAACUACCGGGCUCUACCAUGAUUGGUCCACGAUAUGUGAAGAAGUAUUCACAUUUUCGCCAACAACCAUGAUGGUCACAAAGCCACCUGCAUUCGACCAGGAGUUGUGUCUCAGCAUCGCAAUGGAGUGCGAAAGUCUGACAGUGUCCAUGACGUCGUGCAAUUCGGCGUAUAGCACGGCAGAUGCAGAUCUCAGCAACUGUCUCUGCAAUGACGACAUGCUAUAUUAUGGAUCGCGAUGCGACAUCGAUUUUAACGAAAGAUGUCUGAGAAGGACCUGGGAUCCAACGGCUGUUUACUCGAACAAAGUAUGCGGGGGCACGACCCGGACGGGACCGAUAAGUCAGCAGUCUCUUAUUUCGAGCAGCACAGCCUCACAACUGGUACCAACUAGCUCGUAUGUUCCCCCGGUGCCCUCAUUGACUGCGGAAACUGGGGUUGUGCCAACAGCGGCGACAGGCAAUGGUAUGGCUCGGCGGGGAAUAGGUAAAGGACUUUCCGGCGGAGGCUUCGCAUUAAUUGUUGCAGUAUCCUUGGCCUAGGGUGUUGAACACGGCGUAUACGUAUGCAUCGUAGCUUCGUUAGGAAACAUAUGUGGCGUUGUCAUUGCGGAGGACUUUGAAAAAAUUGGGACGUGUAAUGUCUGCGACUUUGACCCCGGGCUGCGUCCUGAUCUUAUCGCUAUUCCCGGCAUCGCAUGUCGCCAUUGCCCGCAGCUUAUCGACUGCAUAUUACCGUAUUGACAAUGGAUAUGGCCUACGAUCAUAUAAAUGCUCGUGAUGAGGCCUGUGCUGGGUGUGUCCGCUUCCGAGAUGGCAAUAUUAUGCAGCGAAAGCGGAUGCCAGCUCGUCGAGCGGGCAUGAGACGCUGAAGGCGAUUUCAUGACAUACUAUUGCCUGUUCGAGGGAGACAAUAGUAAGCGGAAUGCCAGCCAAAGGAAGCGUUGCGGGUGGGUGUUCAGCUGGU